AUGGUGAGCAAUUCAUCAUUCAGGAAAUCUUUCAUUGAUUCUUCAAUAAGAACCGCCAGGCUUUAUGGCUUCCAUGGCUUGGACUUUUGUUGGGUAUACGCAAACUCUAGCUCUGAUAUGUAUAGCAUAGGAGUUCUCUUUCAAGAGUGGCGAGCUGCUAUCAACUUAGAGGCAUUAAACUCUAGCUAUGCACAACUUAUAUUGACUGCAGCUGUUAUUUUUAAACCAGGUUUAGAUUCAGGAAGGUUCCCUCUAGAAGCGAUGGAACGGUACUUGGAUUGGGCUAUUAUUUUGGCUUAUGACUACUACACCCCUCAGUGGUAUAAUUUUACUUCUGCUCAGGCUGCUCUGCAUGAUCCAAGUAGUAAUGUUAAUACUGAUUAUGGUAUAAGGGCUUGGAUUAGCAGAGGACUUUCUGCUGAUAAGAUGGUUUUGGGUUUGCCUUUCUAUGGUUAUGCGCGGACGCUUGCAAACCCCAUGGAAAACGGUAUUGGUGCACCAGCAACAGGGCCUGCCAUUACAGAAAGUGGAGCCAUAAACUGUAAGGAUAUCAGGAAUUUUGCUGAGACAUACGGGGCUAAUGUUAUGUACAACACAACCUAUGUUGUGAAUUACUGCACGGUUGGAACAACUUGGAAUUUUGCCGUGAAUUACUGCACCAUGGAAACAACUUGGAUUGGUUUUGAUGAUGUUGACGUUGCCAAAACUAAGGUUGCUUAUGCCAUGGAGAAGUUACUAGGCUACAUCAUGCGGGACGUCGCUUAUGAUGAUAACUGGAUACUUUCUCAAGCUGCAGCUCAAGAGAGUAAUAAGAAUGGAGGAAAAAAGUGGCGGCUAUUGGCAACUGUUUUGUCUAGAACUGCUGCUGCUAUUCUGCUUCUAGGCUGUUUUUUGAUAUAUUACUUCUGGCAAAGAGAGCUCAAAUCAAAAGGAUCAAAGAAGAAAAUAAAUGACCCAUCUGCAACUAGGGAUUUUAACAGAAAUGCCCAUAAUCUGAUAACUUAUAGUUUUCGUGAAAUUGAAGCGGCUACAGGCAGAUUUUCAUUUGAAAAUAAGCUGGGUGAAAAUAAGCUGGGUGAAGGUGGAUAUGGUCCUGUUUACAAGGCUUUGCUGCCUAACGGACAGGAAGUUGCAGUGAAGAAGCUUUCGAAAACAUCCACACAAGGAUACGAGGAGUUCAGGAAUGAGGUUAUGCUUACAGCAAAGCUCCAACAUGCAAAUCUUGUAAGAAUUUUGGGAUUUUAUCCCAUGAGAAGGUAUAUUUUGGAUCAGAGAAAACAUGUUCAAAUCAUUGAGGGGAUUACUCAGGGACUUUUAUAUCUACAGGAGUACUCAAGGUUCACUAUAAUUCACAGAGACUUGAAAGCCACUAAUGUUUUAUUAGAUGAAGGUAUGAAGCCAAAAAUAUCAGAUUUUGGUAUGGCUAGAAUAUUUACAAAAGAUGAAUUUGAAACAAACACCAGCAAAGUUGUUGGGACACAUGGCUUUGUUCCUCCUGAAUAUGUUAAAAGAGGCAUACACUCUACAAAAUUGGAUGUGUACAGUUUUGGGGUUCUACUUCAACAAAUAAUUAGUGGAAAUAAGGUUUCUGCUCUCUACGGUCCUGAAGAAAACUUGAGCCUGCUAGACCAUGCUUAUAAGCUCUGGAAAGAAGUAAAAGGCAUGGUGUUUAUGGAUCCAUCUUUAGAUGAUAAAAAUUCCUCGUAUAUAAUGAGUCUGAAGAAGCCUGCUUUCUCGAAACAAGCUGGUGAAGAUAGAGAAACUAUAGUGACAUUCAAUGACAUAACCAUUUCAGAAGUUGUAGGGGGCAACGCCCUUAGCUGCAAUUGUGAUGACAAAUGUGUUGUAUAUCCUCAGAAAGUUGCAGAAGCAUUGAAGCAAGAUGCUCUAACUGCAGUAGCAUAUCCAAGAAUUCUGGCAGGCUAA